CACUGCAGCCGCCACAGUUUUCUUGCUGUUCUGAUGGUUUUGCAUUUUAUUUGUGCCCGUCGUCUCGGUAACUCGUGCUGCUCUCGUAAUUUCCCUGUGGUUGAAGGCUGGGGUCAGGCCGCUACGAUGAGAGCUGCCCGCUAUGGCGAUGUUUGAAGAGAGACGGUCCAACAAAAUCGGCUUGGACGACACGCACCCCCUGUCCUGUGUGAUCGAAUCCUUUGAGAAUGUCCAAGGCCACACAUGCUACACGCUGCGCGUCCAGCGGGGCCUGUUGGCAGAGGCGGCGUGGACGGUGCAGAGGCGCUACAGCGACUUCGAUGCCCUGCACGGCCAGCUCCUCAUCUCGGGGCUGGAGCUGCCGCUGCCACCCAAGAAGCUCUUCAACAAGCUGAGCCGCGAGUUCAUUGCCGAGAGGCAGCAGAAGCUGCAGGAAUACCUGGACCAGGUGCUGGCAGUUCCCCUGCUUGCCCAAUGCCUGGCCGUCAAGCGUUUCCUUGAUCCCACUAACUACAACCAAAACUUUUGUGAGGCAGCCCUGCAGCAUGUGUCAAUGCUGUUCCGGUCUGAGGAUCACUGGGAGGUUGUGGAACCCCUGCCUGACAUGGGCUGGCGCGUCCGUAAGCAGUACUUCCUGGUGCGACGCAAGGACGAGCCUAAAGAGAAGCCCCGUUUGCUUUCCUGGGUCCCCCUAGGGCCAGACUUCUACCUGAAUGCCAAAGACCUGCAGUCUGCACUCAAGCUGCUUGCCUCUAUCCAGCACCCUCACGUCUGGCCCUUGUCCCUGGGCUGUGUGAACGAGAGCGGGGCCGCCAUGAUCCGGGACUUUUGCUCCGAAGGAUCGCUUCGGGAUGCCCUCUGUCAGGCCAGGCCCAGGGACAGUCACUUGCGGAAGUAUGGCACCCCGAAAGAAGUUCGUGCGCUGCCCCCUCCGGCGGUGGCCAAGCUGGGAAAGCAGGUGCUGCAGGUGCUCCUUGCGCUGCACCAGCACGGAUUCUGCCACGGACACCUACACCUCGGGAACGUUGUCCUGCGGGGCGACGGCUGUGCACUCUUGGAGCUGGAGAACCAGCUGCUGGGGCUGCCCAGCCGCCUGCGGCCCUUUCUGGUCAGCCUCAAGAAGAUUCGGACGGCAGAGGCUGUGGAUGUGUACAGCUUUGGUCACAUGGUGUAUGAAAUGGCGUUUGGUCGGCCGUGCGGCACGCCCACCUGCGACAACUUCCCGAAUUCCAGCUCCCCAGAAAUGAGAUCUGUAUUGGAAGCGCUGCUCUCGACCGAAGCCUGCAAGAAUGGCGUGCCUUCAAUAGCUGACCUCUUGAUGCAUCCGUUCUUUCAGAGUGCCCCCGUGACAAACAGUGGCUCUGCGAAACUGGGCCUGAAGGUUCCCGCCCUGCUCAAAGACGCCCUGAAGGCCGCCCGAUUGCAGACCGAACGCAGGCUUCAGGAAGACCAGAAGCAGGUGCGACACCAGGCGAAGGUGAGCAAGGCCCAGGCUCGCCUGGCACUGAACGAGGACCGGCGAAGGAAGGCCGCCCUCGAGUUGAGGAAGGCAGGUGCCGACAGGAACGACGUCUCCUACCCCAGGUCGCCGGCUCCACCGCCGGCACCGCCCGCAGGGUCCAAUGUGGCGUCCAAACCAGAGGUCCCUGCCGGUGCCGCCUCCCCUCCCCCACCACCACCACCCCCACCUCCUCCCCCACCUGCACCCCUGUCGCCGUCGUCACCACCGCCGCCGCCGCCGCCACCGGGACCACCAGUCGCUGCGGGUGGUACCACAGACCGCAGUGCGUUGCUCUCUUCUAUCACGGGAUUUAACAAGAGUGCCCUGAAGAAGGCAACCACCAAGGACUCCAGUGGGCCUAAACUCUGAAGGAUGAAUCACUGCAGAAAAUUCUGACUGAUGUAAUGCAUUCUGUGUUUAAACAGGACGCAGCGUUGCAUGCUGGGCAACAACAGAACAGUGAACGUUUGGUUCGUGAAUGAAAACUAAAUAUUAUUUGUUAUUGGACUGAACGAAAUAUGAUGCUCUAUUCAACGGAAAGUAAUGUUCUUUAUAUUAUUGGGUGAAAGGAACACAGUUUCUUAAGGUACAAAUGUCAUAAUUCUGUUGUGCUUGCGAAGAAGUGCUUCGAGGUUUGUGGACAGCGACCAACAAGAAAGAAACCCCGGUGUGAGCCACAAAACAUAGCUUUAGGACAGUUCUGACUGCAUAAACUUUGACAACAAAGCAAUCAUUUAAUAUUUUUUUUUCAUUGUUUUGACAUAGGGAUCAAAGUUGUAGGCUGCACGUGGAGUGACAGUGACUACAGCACACCAUUGCGGGUUGUGAAACCUUGUUACCCUCGUGAUGUGCAAGCAGCCAUGUUCCUCAGGUGAAAGAAAGCUAGUUUGCCGUAGACAUUGUUAAAGAACUUCAGGUCAUUUAGGAUUGUUUUUGUCCAUUCUUGUAGUUUUGAAUUAGUUUUUUUUUUUUUUAUAUAUUUUAGAAAUGGUUUAGCAGAGAGCUAACAUGUUCACAAUAGAAUAACGGGAGAGCGAUUUUCCACUCUUUGCUAUGCAGUUCUUUUCAACCUGUUAAGCUAAAAGCCCAAAGAAAUUGAAGAAAGUGAAACACUUUUUUUUUUGUGCUAUUGUCUUAUGCGUUGCCAAGCAGUGCUGGGCAGGGCCCACUGUUCUGUGCUUUAACAGGGAAUUACAGGCCCUUGAUGGAAGGAAUGAGCCGUGUGUAUAUACUGUUUGUAUUGGACUCGGAUGUCGUGAAAACAGUAUUUAUAUAAACUGCUGUUGUAAAGCUUUCCCUAAAAAGUGCUCCUUC